AUGGCAGAAGGUGACAAACUGGAGCACCAGUGCCUGCAAAAAGAAUUCGAGUGGGUGCUGAAUGAAGAGGUGCACUCGAUAUUGCACCAGCUGAACAUCAUACUCAACGAAUGCGUCCGACGUUUUCCGUCGUGGGACAGUGACGUCCAAGUCAAACAGGAAAAAUUUGUCCUGUCCACAUCACCAGACCAGUUAAAAAGCAUCGUAUCCAUAUCUGGUGACACCAUACUGCAGGCGGACAUACAAUUUAAAGUACAGAGACAUCAGCAGCAAAUAAUGUACCGGACCAACAUUCGUCACGACUGCCCAUGGAAAUUGCAUCAAGUUCAAGAUGCAGGCAAUCAUCUAAGACAAGCUAUUUUACAAAUUGAAAAAAUAGACAAGGAAACUAUUUUCAAUUCCUCGGAAGAAGUAUUGCACAUUCUGAGAAAUUUAUUAGGAUGCUUGCAAAGAGGUCGGACGAGUCUGAUAGUUCCACGUAAACGAACAAUUGAUGAUUUGAUUAAAAGCAGAAACAUGAAGUGUUUGACGCCUAACUUACCAGAAGAUUUAGCAAUUAGUUUUUACAUACAAAGUCAUAAGCUAAUAUUUGCUGUUUACCAAUUAUCCAACUCUCACGGUGCAAUGAAGUACGACACGUAUCAAGCUGAAUGUACAGUACCGUGGUUGAAUGAAGUCCUCGUCCUUUUCACAGUUGCUUUACAGCUAGCCCAGCAACUCAAAGACAAGAUCUGCGUGUUUACCCAGUACAGAGAUAUUACUCAGUUGUCGCGACCAGUUUCUAGCAUUGCGAUACAGUCAUAA